AAACUUUUUUCCCCGCAGAGUUGAUGUUAGCAAGCUAAUCCAGUGCAGAGGUAAAAGCUACUGUGAAGGUUGGAGACGGUCACUCUAAAGAGCUACUCAGUUCCAUUCACUAUUUAUAUCUUUUUUGUGGGAGAAGCAAUAUGGCUUCGGGUGGAGAAUCCAAAAACGAUGAUCUUUCCACUGCCAUCCUAAAGCAGAAGCACAGGCCGAAUAGGUUGAUUGUUGAUGAGUCCAUCAAUGAAGACAACAGUGUAGUGUCUCUCUCUCAGGCAAAGAUGGAUGAGCUGCAGCUCUUUAGAGGAGACACAGUUCUGUUGAAGGGCAAGAAGAGACGGGAGACAGUCUGCAUUGUCUUGUCUGAUGACACCUGCUCUGAUGAGAAGGUGCGCAUGAACAGGGUGGUCCGCAACAACCUACGUGUGCGCCUUGGUGAUGUCAUCAGCAUUCAGCCAUGCCCAGAUGUGAAAUAUGGAAAGCGCAUUCAUGUUCUGCCCAUCGAUGACACAGUUGAAGGCAUCACUGGUAACCUGUUUGAGGUCUAUCUCAAGCCCUACUUUCUGGAGGCUUACCGCCCUAUCCGUAAAGGUGACAUUUUUCUGGUGAGAGGUGGCAUGCGUGCUGUGGAGUUCAAAGUGGUGGAGACUGACCCCAGCCCAUACUGUAUUGUGGCCCCAGACACGGUUAUCCACUGUGAGGGAGAGCCCAUCAAGAGAGAGGAUGAGGAAGAGUCUCUGAAUGAAGUGGGUUAUGAUGACAUAGGAGGUGUAAGGAAACAGCUCGCCCAGAUUAAAGAAAUGGUGGAGCUUCCUUUGAGACACCCAGCUCUCUUCAAGGCUAUUGGAGUCAAGCCUCCCCGUGGAAUUCUGCUGUAUGGACCCCCUGGAACUGGAAAGACUCUUAUUGCUCGUGCCGUGGCUAAUGAAACUGGAGCAUUCUUCUUCCUCAUCAAUGGCCCAGAAAUUAUGAGCAAACUGGCAGGAGAAUCUGAAAGCAAUCUGCGUAAAGCUUUUGAAGAAGCAGAGAAGAACGCUCCAGCCAUCAUUUUCAUUGAUGAACUCGAUGCCAUUGCACCCAAAAGAGAGAAGACUCAUGGUGAGGUGGAGAGGCGUAUUGUGUCUCAACUGCUCACUCUGAUGGACGGGCUGAAGCAGAGGGCUCAUGUCAUCGUCAUGGCAGCCACUAACAGACCAAACAGCAUCGACCCAGCUCUCAGGCGAUUUGGGCGCUUUGACAGAGAGGUGGACAUCGGCAUUCCAGAUGCUACUGGGAGACUUGAGAUCCUUCAGAUCCACACCAAAAACAUGAAGCUUGCUGAUGAUGUUGAUCUUGAGCAGGUGGCAAAUGAGACCCAUGGCCAUGUGGGUGCUGAUCUGGCUGCCCUUUUCGAGGCUGCCCUGCAAGCCAUCCGUAAGAAAAUGGACCUUAUUGAUCUGGAGGAUGAGACCAUUGAUGCUGAGGUCAUGAACUCCUUGGCUGUUACUAUGGAUGACUUUAGGUGGGCGCUUAGCCAGAGCAACCCCUCUGCCCUGCGUGAGACUAUUGUGGAGGUGCCCAACAUCACUUGGGAGGAUAUUGGGGGUCUUGAUGAUGUCAAGAGAGAGCUGCAGGAGCUUGUGCAGUACCCAGUGGAGCAUCCAGAAAAAUUCCUCAAGUUUGGCAUGACCCCAUCCAAGGGUGUGCUGUUCUACGGGCCACCAGGUUGCGGUAAAACCCUGCUGGCCAAGGCCAUCGCCAACGAGUGCCAGGCCAACUUCAUCUCAAUCAAGGGACCAGAACUUCUCACCAUGUGGUUUGGAGAGUCAGAGGCUAAUGUCAGAGAGAUCUUUGACAAGGCUCGUCAAGCUGCCCCAUGUGUGCUGUUCUUUGAUGAACUGGACUCCAUCGCUAAGGCUCGUGGUGGAAAUGUUGGUGACGGAGGCGGUGCCGCUGACAGAGUCAUUAACCAGAUUCUCACAGAAAUGGACGGUAUGUCCAGCAAGAAGAACGUCUUCAUCAUCGGUGCUACCAACAGACCAGACAUCAUUGACCCUGCCAUCCUCAGGCCUGGCCGACUGGACCAGCUCAUCUACAUCCCACUGCCCGAUGAGAAGUCCCGCAUUGCGAUUCUCAAAGCCAACCUCAGGAAGUCUCCAAUCGCUAAGGAUGUGGACGUGGACUUUUUAGCCAAGAUGACCAAUGGCUUUUCAGGUGCUGACUUGACUGAGAUUUGUCAGAGAGCCUGUAAACUGGCAAUCCGUGAGUCCAUUGAGAAUGAGAUCAGACGGGAACGUGAGAGGCAGACCAACCCUUCUGCAAUGGAGGUGGAGGAGGAUGACCCUGUGCCUGAGAUCAGGAAGGAUCAUUUUGAGGAGGCCAUGCGCUUUGCUCGCCGCUCCGUCAGUGACAAUGACAUCCGCAAAUAUGAGAUGUUCGCACAGACCCUGCAACAAAGCAGAGGCUUUGGCAGUUUCAGAUUCCCAACCAGUAACCAAGGAGGAACUGGACCAAGUCAGGGUUCCACUGGCAGUGGAGGAGGCAACAUCUUCAAUGAGGACAACGAUGAUGACCUUUAUGGAUAAAUGUGACCGUGUGGUUUACCCUCAAAGGCCUCUCUUCAUACUGGCCAUCGUGUACAAAAGACAAAAAAUAAAAAAUUCCACUUUUUAGGACUGUGCUUUUUUUUUUUUCGCUUAUGUCCAUUCCCUCUGUUUUUUAUUCGCCUCUUAUUCCCCCUCUGUCCACCUCCCUUGUUGAUAGAGAAAAGCAUGUUGCUGCUUGUGUUUUGCUCUGGAUUGUGAAAGGAUAAUUUCAGAGAACUUUGAUCUUAACAUUCUGUGGGUGGGGUUGCAUUUAAAAUGAAAACAUACACAAUAUUUGAGGAAUUCAUUAACUUUUCACAACCUGUUUGAGCAGCUUUAGUGUUGGGUUUAAUGCUAGGCUAUUGGAAGGAUUCAAAAACGAAAAGAAAUUGCUAAUGAAUUCAUUUUUUUAUGAAUGUAGCAUAUAAUGUAUUACAAGUUUGAAAAAUGUUAAAUAAAAUUCACGAAAUGGA